CGAAAUCCUUGAGAAAAUUACCAGUCAACUUUUCCAAUAAUAGGCGCCAAUUUUUAACAUUUUGACGGGUAUUAUAUUUAAGACCAACGGAAAAAUCUUGCUCAAAAUCAUAUAAGUAGGUGUAUCAUAUUCGUAUGUUAUUGUAUUUUCACGCUACGAUGUGACGGCUGAAUUUGUUGGUACACAGAUGAUUCAUCAUGAACGGGUUGAAUUGUAGUGCUUUGAUUUAGUUUACAUUGGUUAAGUAUAGCGUUUUAUUUGUCGAAUUUGUUAAUGGUCGCCAGUAUCGAAUUAAGAUUAUUUUUCAGUUGGAAAUUUGUGUCAACAAUGACUGUGCCAGUAAAAUGUGGUGUGGAGAUGAAAAAGAUUAGCGGCUCUAUACCUUGUACCAAGGAAGAACUUAAUCUCGGAGUUACUUUAAAAGGAGGGCAAAGUUUUCGGUGGACAAUGGAGAAAAAUGGAAAUAAUUACAGAGGUGUUUUCAACAGUUCUGUCUGGACAAUAUCACAAACUAAUGAAAUAUUGACAUACACAAUGCAUGGGUCUUUGCAUAAGGAUGUAAAAUGUCAUCAUGCAUUGAUUAACUACUUUCAAUUGCAUGUACCACUAAAAGAACAUCUCAAAGUUUGGUCUGAAAAAGAUAGUUAUUUCAAAACAUCUUACAACGAAAUCGGCACCGUUAGAAUGUUGAAUCAAGAUGUUGUUGAGAAUCUAUUCUCUUUUAUAUGCAGUUCAAAUAAUAAUAUUUUACGGAUAUCUGGGAUGGUAGAAAAACUUUGUAGAAUAUUUGGUAAUAAAAUAUGUGAACUGGAGGGUCAAGAUUAUUAUGAUUUUCCAACAAUAGAGGCUCUUGCAAAUUCAAAAGUAGAAUCUGUUCUGAAAAUGGAAGGUUUUGGAUACAGGGCAGGAUACAUACACAAAAGUGCAGAGAAACUUGUGACGCUUGGUGGGAGAGAGUGGCUUUCAUCGUUGAAGAAAGAAAAUGGUUCAACUUAUGAUAAUGCCCGAGAGAAUCUCAUGUCUUUGCCUGGAAUUGGCCCUAAAGUAGCCGAUUGUAUUUGUCUAAUGUCGCUCGGCCACUUGGAAGCAAUUCCCGUUGACACUCACAUAUUUCAAGUUGCCUGUGCCAACUACAUGCCUCAUUUAGUGCCAACGUGUUAGAUAUGACUUGGUUAAAAAUGAGCAGGACGUGUCAUGUAGAGAAAGCAUG